CCGCUGCUCAACAUGAGCGAGCUGCGCAUGUGGGGCACUGUGUUGGCUGCGGAAGAGAUGCCUCCACCUAGAGCCGUCCGAACAGUGCUAAUAGAUCAAGGUUCCCCAUGGGGCGAGCAAGAAUUGGAGCGAAGCAUGAUGCCACUCAAGUGGUACUAUGAUCUUUGUUGCGAAAUGUACGAGUACAGCUACUCAUUCGGGCCUUGUUGGGAGCCUGUAAUUGCGCAUUGCAACCUUGCUUUCGACCAAGUCUCAAGGCCAUCGCUGGACCCUUCAGCGCCACUGGCAUGGUGGGAUAAAGUCCGUUUGUUGAUGCACGGGAGAUUAACUGCUAACUGUGCGAAGUUCACCUGCCUACUUCAUGUGUCUCUGGACCCGUAUAAUACUACAGAAGAGAUGGAGGUUACUUGGACUGAUCUUGUGCUGGAUUGGACUAAUGGCAAGCUCGGCUUCCUUGGCGAACUGAACGUGUUCGUGAGAACAGCGAGCAAGUACGACGACUGCCGCGUCCUGCGGGUGCCCUCGCUGCGCCUGUCCGUGAAGUUGGGCUGGCAGUGCGUGGGCGACCCGCGGGACCACCACGCCGUGGCCCCCUGCGCGCCCACGCGCCUGCCGGAGUACUCCAGCAACCAGGAACACGACUCCUACAGAGCAUUCCGUUCACAAAGUCUUGAUCUGCAUUUGAGCAUGGACACCAAACCCAUGGAUCAUGAUGGCCCAGACCUGUUGCUCUUUGGGAGCACUCUCAGAUGGUUCGAGAGCCUAAAGCUGAUCCUCUCCGGCAUCACGCGCCCGACGCGUCGCGGUCGCGUGUUCAACAACGUGCGCCCGCGCAAACCGCAGCUGUCGCGCCACUAUCGCAAUGUCAGCGUCUCUUUGACUUUGCACAAUCUACAGGUAUGCUACUGGUCUUCAUCAUCGAAACAGCGUGGCAUAGAAAUGCUCGGUGCUCGCGUCACAUGUGGCUCCAAACACCGUCUAAUCCUUGUACCAACCACGGAUGGACUUAUUCGACGGCCACGAGCCAACUGGACCACCGUGUAUAUGAAUUGCGAUCUAAAUGACGCGCAGAUAUGGUUGAAAACUCCUGCGCAAAAUCUUGAUGACAAAUUGACCGUUAAUGGAGAUAGUGAGAGUUUGGGGUUGGAUGGAGAAUUUAAGGACAACGAGAACCCCAUAGACUCAAACUCGGUAGCUAUGGAGAAGUGCUACUGCCUCUCCGUACGCCGAGUGUCUUACGGCCGCGAGGCUAGCGGCGGCACCGCGCCGGCGCCCACGCAUCGCCUGGCCGUCCACGAUUUGCGCGGCGCCUGGACCAAACUCAACAGGGACUUGGCGUUCGCUCUUAUCGACACCUACAUUAAAACUCAGCAACUGAAGAAGAAUCUAUCGACCAAAGCGCUGAAAGAGGAAGAGAAGCCGGCGACUUCGCCGAAGCACCAGAGGGAGUCCGACGUCGUCUCACCGCCGCCUUCCGCUUCCACUCAAGGCAGCGGCCCCGGUGCCGGCGCGGAAGGCAUGCUGCUGGCGCUGGUGGCCGAGGCGGGCGGCGAGGCGCCCGUGGUGUUCAGCGACGAGCUGGGCGGCGCCGACGCCGAGCAGACGGCGCACGCGCCGCACCCGCGCCACGUGCUGGACGACGACAACGCGCACACGGCCUGCCUCAUCGAGCUGGUGAACUCGCAAGUGGUGCUGAAGGGCUGCGAGACGCGCGGCUACGUGAUCCUGUGCGCGGCGCGCGCCGAGGUGCGCCAGCGCGUGCGCAAGGCGCCGGCCGCCACGGCCUGGAGCGGCGCGCUGUCCGCCAUGCAGUACUACGCCACCGUCAGCGCCGGCGACAAGGACCAGCUCGACGAGAACAUCCAGUGGGUGUCGGUGGAGGAGAUCGAGGAGCGCUGGGCCAGCGCCGAGAUCAGCACCCUGCCCGACGUGCCGCGGCUGGUAGGCAGCGGCCACUCGGCCGGCGGGGUCAUCGGCCGCACUGUGGGGCCCAGCGCCGACGCCGGCCUCGCGCAGUUGCAAAGAAUAGUUUCCCGCUGCGCUAUGGAGUUCUACUACAUCUCGCAUGAGGAGGCGGAGACGACGCGCAGCGGCGGCGCCUGCUGGGCGCAAACGCAGGAGCCCUACGACUCCUUUACCCUUAUGCAUCAUGACUUGGACGUCUGCACCAACUCUUUGCAGUACGCGAUGCUGCUGGACGUAGUAAACAACGUAGUGCUGCACGUGGAACCAGAACGCCGUCGCACGCUAGAGCGACGCGCGCGCAUGCGCUUCCAGCUGCAGCUGCACCAGGACCAGGAUCCCCGGCACCUCAUACACCAGCUGCAGACGCAGGUUCGGGAGUCGUUAGCGCGUCUACGGCGACUGGAGAAGGAGUAUUAUUUGAAGAAAAGAAGUCUUGUCAUGGACGACCCCGUUGCUAUUGCUGAACUAACAGCGCUUGACGAUCAGGUGAACGAGUGCAAGGAGACGGUGUGGUCUCUGGGCGAGGAGCUGGACGCCAUGGUGCGCGCGUGGCGGGAGGCGUGCCAGCAGGCGCGCGGCCCCGCCCCCGCGCCCCGCUCGGCUUACGCCCCCCCGCACCGCUACAACGAGAUCUGCUUCAAGUCGGCGCGCUGGCGCCUCACCGACGCCGACGGCCAGCUGGGCAUCGCCGACCUGCUGCUCACCAACUUCCUGUACACGAAAACCUCGCGGUCGGACGAUUCUGUAGAGCAUCAAUUGGAAGUUGGUUAUGUAAGAGUUACAAACUUGCUCCCCAACGAGCCUUUCCCGGAGGUCCUGGUGCCGCAGGCGCCAUCAGGACGCGCCCCGGUGGCUCGGCGAGCGGCGCUGCGUGUGUUCUGCCGUGAUCGCCCGCCCGUUGGAGGCAUCUCCGUCAAAGAGCACUUCGAGGUUAACAUCGUGCCCAUCCGGAUCGGUUUAACAAAGAAGUUCUUCAACACAAUGCUCAAGUUCUGUUUCCCGGAGCGCGACCCUGAUUCUAUCGAAGAUGGAGAUGAGGAGGAAGGCACUCUUAAGGCUGGGGCCAGCACCGCUAGUCUGGUCACAGCGGGAUCUAAGAAGACCAAGAAGAAAGGAAAAGACUCUAACUCCAACUUCUAUGUGAAGAGGGAUAAGAAGGAUAAAGAUGAUGUUGAGAAAAUGAAGGAGCGAGCAGAGAAGAACAAGCUAUUCAUCUAUAUAAAGAUCCCGGAAGUGCCAGUACGAGUUUCAUACAAGGGCAGUAAGGAGAAGAAUCUAGAGGAUGUACGAGAUAUACCCUUGGUGCUGCCUACGUUGGAGUACCAUAACGUUACUUGGACUUGGUUGGAUUUACUUUUAGCUACCAAGACUGAUACCAGAAGAGAGAUCCUAUCUCAAACGAUCAGACAAAAGCUGCAGCUGCACAGGCGUGCGGCGGCUGCGCCUGAGCCACACGAAGAGGAUAAGGCCAGGUUGCUAUUAGGAGAACGGACUGUGGCAGAAAGUAAGCCGCAAAAGAAGAGCACGCCAGGAGUUUUUAAAUUCUCAAAAUCAUAGCGCAAGGAGGAACUGAAAUGUUUGUUAGUUUUAAAAGUGCAAUAAAACGCGUGAGACGUGCGCGUACGAGUUGCGCACGAGUCUGUUAAACGACUAGGCUUGCAACAGUUCACAUCCUGUUAAGUCAGUUUGAAUAUAACUUUUUAUCGAGUGGCUAUAAGCAACGACAUAAUUUUGCCCAUAGGUCUAUUAGGACAAAUGAAACACGGUAGUUUGUUAAACAAGACUUUGUUUCACUUACAACGUAAUAAUAUCAUCGGAGUUUAAUAGAAAGGGCGUAAUCGCCAUUUCAAAACAUUUUUCAGGUGAGCACGUUUUAUUUAUUUUUAAAUGAAAUGGACUUGCUCUUGACCGCUACCUAGCUCUGAAGCAAAGAUAUGA